AUGGUCGGCAAGGACUGCGUCGCAAUAGCCUGCGAUCUCCGCCUCGGCCUCCAGGCCCUGACCGUCUCAAACAACUUCCCCAAAAUCUUCCAGUACGGCGAUGUCUUCCUCGGCCUCACCGGUCUCGCCACCGACGUCACGACCGUCGGAGACCUCUUCCGCUACAAGGUCAACAUGUACCGCCUGCGUGAGGAGCGUAACAUCGCCCCUACCACCUUCGCCAACCUCGUCAGCAGCUCCCUCUACGAGCGCCGCUUCGGCCCGUACUUUGUCUCCCCCGUCGUCGCGGGCCUCGACCCCAAGACGGGCAAGCCCUUCAUCUGCGGCUUCGACAGCAUUGGCUGCAUCGACUUCGCCAAGGACUUCAUCGUCUCAGGUACGGCGUCAGAGCAGCUCUUCGGCAUGUGCGAGAGCUUAUGGGAACCUGAUCUGGGUCCCGAGGAGCUUUUCGAAACCAUCUCCCAGUCGCUCCUAAACGCUGUUGAUCGAGACGCACUAUCCGGAUGGGGUGCGCACGUGUACAUUAUUGAGAAGGACAAGGUCACCAAGAGACUGCUCAAGGGCAGACAAGACUAA